GUGUCAACAAUACAUCUUAAGCUUGCUCAACUUCCUACCAAUAAUUCAGUGACUUUUGGGCCAAUUGGCGGUACUGGUAUUUCCACUCGCCAUCGUUUUGGCUGAAAAUAAUCUCCUGUAGACAAACCAAUAAAAGGAAGACUAGUCGUACACUGAAGGCACUGCGUGUUCGUGUGACACUGAAACCACGACGCGUCCGCGAGGUCCGCAAGCUCGGGGGUGCCCGUGCAGAAUUGUACAACAUGCCAACAACCCCCAAGGGUAUGGCAUACUCGAAGCAAAUGCAGCAAUCAGAAUCGAGGAAGCGAACUGUUUCAGAUCUGGGUGGCGAGUCUGAUAAUGGCAGUGACUCCACGAUGACCUCUCGAAAAGUAGCCAAAAUACACCCAUUCUUCACCAAACCUAGCACGGACUCUACAUCGUCCUCAUUCCAAUGGCUAAAACCUGCUCUAGGCCCGAAGCGCACGUGUCUGCACGGAAUCAAUCUGAUACCACAAAGCACACCGAAAGUAGCUGCAUUCGACCUCGAUGGAACAGUGAUCAAAUCAAACCACAAAAAUCGAAGCAAGGAAGCCGCAUUGCACUGGGAGUGGUGGAGAGCUAGUGUGCCUGUGAAGUUGGAGGAAUUACAUCGAGAAGGAUACUCGAUCAUAUUGAUAUCCAAUCAAGCAUUAAAGCAACAACAUCUGGAGGGCUGGAAAAAGAAGAUUCCUCUCAUCUCUGCCGCUCUUCCUAGCGUACCUUUUCGAAUAUUAGCUGCGUCUACCAAAGAUGGUUUCCGCAAACCUAUGCCAGGGAUGUGGGAUGAGCUCGAACGUAUUUUCGCAGAAGAUGGUGUUCGGAUAGAUAAUGACGCUUCAUUCUUUGUUGGAGAUGCUGCGGGUCGUACAAAUGACUUUGCAUCAACUGACAGGAAAUGGGCGAUUAACGUUGGUAUUUCAUUUUAUACCCCAGAAGAAUAUUUUCUCCAACUGCCCUCAGCGCCGUAUACCCUUCCUGGAUUCCAUGUUUCUGGUCUCCCGAAAUUACCGUUAUUUGACCCUCCUAUGGCACAAAUCAUUCCUGAUGCCGCAGGGACAGAACUAGUCGUAUUUUCGGGCUUUCCAUGCCUCGGAAAAUCGACCUUUUUCCGGAGGCAUUUCGCGCCUGCUGGGUACACCCACAUCAACCAAGAUACAUUGGGCAGUCGUUCCAAAUGCAUGAAAGCAGCUGAAGUGGCACUCAAAGCUGGUACAAGCUGUGUAGUUGACAAUACCAAUAGAGAUAUUCCAACUAGAAAACAUUAUUUGGAUCUCGCGAAGAAACUUCAUAUUCCUGUUCGGCGAGUAUUUUUACUUACUUACGUCUACAGGAACGUGACGCUUUGCAUCAGAUGUAUCGAGUUCGUUGGCUCAAUGGAUCUGGCAUGGCACAAUAACCUCUACCGUGCAUAUGUUCAUCCUUCAAAAGAGUUGAGACGCGACAUAAUACCAUAUGUUGCCUUCAUAGGUUUCAAGAACCACUACGAGGAGCCCCAACUGACAGAGGGCUUUUCAGAAAUAAUAAAGGUUAAUUGGGUGUUCGAAGGUUCCGAGGAAGAACAAAAGAGGUGGAGUAUGUGGCUUCAGAUUGACGGGAAAUGAAAGUCUUGCACAUUAGUAGUAAUACUUGAGCACAACUCUUGAGAUUCGUAUUCUUGCUGCAGAAGGGCGCAGUGCCACGCACGGACUCCGUACUCAAGUUACUUAUUGCCUCAAAGUAACAAGUUGUCAAAUGCAAACCAUGAUCAUUCUAGUCCGCUUGUUGUGCAAGCCCACUAAGAUUCUUAGUUGCG